AUGUUUUCGUUUGGACGGGUGGGAAACGCAGCUUACCGAGAUGUGCCUGGAGUCUAUACCCAUAUCGCGGACCCUAAUGAGCGCCGGCGCAUGGCCCUCGCUGAGGUAGAUAAAGCACCAUUUGGAUGGUACCAUAUACGUCUAGCGGUUGUGACUGGAAUUGGGUUCUUUACCGAUGCCUACAGUCUAUUUGCCAUCAACCUUGCCGUCAUCUUGUUAGGAAUUGUAUAUUGGCAAGAUGACGAACACAAGGGAGUCAUGCCUCAUGAUGCUGAUACAGCGAUCAAAGUCGCGACAUCCGCUGGUGCCAUUUUUGGCCAAUGCAUCUUCGGAUACAUGGGCGAUCUGUUGGGAAGAAAGAAGAUGUAUGGAGUGGAGUUGAUGAUCAUCAUCUGCACAACACUUGCGCAAUCGCUCUGCGGAGAAUCAGCCACUGUUUCAAUCGUGGGUGUGCUCAUCUUCUACAGAGUUGUAAUGGGGAUUGGUGUCGGCGGCGACUAUCCCCUCAGUGCGGUCAUCACAGCAGAGUUCGCCAGCACCAAGUACCGAGGCGGUAUUAUCGCAGCCGUCUUCGCCAUGCAAGGCCUUGGCCAACUUGCAGCAGCCUUGGUAACCCUCAUUGUAAUCAUAAUAUUCAAAGACGAUUUAAUUGGAGUAGCCAAUGUUGGAGAAUGUGUGGGGCUGUGUGCCAUGCGUGUUGACAAAAUGUGGCGGAUUAUCAUUGCUUUUGGUGGCAUCCCCGGAUGGUUCGCACUUUACUAUCGUCUCACAGUACCGGAAACGCCACGAUACACUUUCGACGUGCUGUACGAUGUCGAGAAGGCCUCGGUCGAUGCGCGAAAAUACCGCUACGGAAAGCAAGGAAAUGUGGUCAAUCCGGUCACGCAAGCGAAGACGCGCAGUGAGAUGGCCAAAUACAAGACGCCGCGACCUACAUUGAUGGAAGUGCUGCGCUUCUACUCGCAAAAGAAGCAAGCUAUUCGCUUGUUCGGCACAUCCAUGUCCUGGUUCUUCCUAGACCUAGCGUUCUACGGCCUAGGAUUCUCCUCCGCUUCUCUAAUGUCCACGAUGGGCUUCGAUCAACGCGACAACCUAUACCUCUAUCUGCGCAACACAGCCACGGGCCAAAUCGUUCUUAUCUGCGCCGGUGCCCUGCCUGGCUACUGGCUCACUGUUUUCACUGUCGAUUCCGUUGGUCGGAAGCCUAUUCAAAUAGCUGGCUUUGGAAUUCUGACCAUCAUCUUCUGCGUCCUUGGCUUCGCCUGGCAGGGACUCACUAAAACCCACUUACUAGUGCUUUACGUACUAGCACAGUUCUUCUUCAACUUUGGACCGAAUGCCACAACGUUUAUCACGCCAGCGGAGAUUUUCCCAACAAGAGUACGAUGCACAGGCCACGGUUUCAGUGCUGGCAUGGGCAAGCUAGGCGCAGUGUUUGCCCAAAUCUUCUUUGCGCCCAUGAUCAAGAGAGGAGCUACGCACGAUAAUCCUACGCCUUGGAUUCAUGGUGUGAUGCAAAUCUUUGCAUUGUUCAUGUUCCUGGGCAUGCUGACAAGCUUCCUUGUUCCGGAAUCGAAACGAGCGAGGCUGGAGGAACUGGCAGGUGAGAAAGAAGAUGUGUAUGAGCUACAGGCUAGUCAGUGGCGGAAUCGUGGUGGCGUUGCCGGGAUGGCAAGUGGAGGGAACGCGGACGUAGAGAGCACUUUGAGAAACCCAUCAGUGGUCGUUGCAAGGGGAAGUGGAAGUACAGGUGCGAGAAGUGUUGAUCGGGGAAGCGAGGGAGGUUUGAGAGAAGGAGAUAUGGAGAAGAAGUGGUGGCGGUUCAGACAGUCGGAGAUGCACUCUCAUGCUGUUUGA